GAGAUGAUAACCAGGGUAGCAUAAAAUUGCAACAAGCUGGGUAAACAACCUGUCCCCAGGAGCUGGGUGGCACCCAGCCCAGUGGCGUGACCAAGACAGCAAGGGACGCUGUGUUCAUGGGGACACAGCAGAGAAGCAGAAAAAGAUGGGCCUUACGGGUUAGUAUACAAAACGAAAGUCUGUCUCCCUGGCUUUGGACCACAGAGCGGAGAUAAAACUCAUCUGGAUAUUUCUACAGGACUGACGGCAGGACAGGAGGCUGUGCCUGCAGUCAGCAAUUUGGAAUAUUCAGACUUCAGACCAGCGUCAGAGAUUAUAACCCCUGUUAUAGCCCAGCUCCUAUCAACAGCCAGCCUGGGAGAAAACACAAGGACAUGUGACUACAGCUGUUCCCAACCGCACCCGAAGACCAAGCUGGUUUGUGCAAAGUUUGCAUCUAUUUGGGACAAAGUGAGAAAAGUAAGGGUAAAAAAGCAUUAAAAAAAUAUUUCUGUGUAACUGCAAAUGCAGGGAUGUUUUAACACUGGAGUGAAGAAUCUGUACUUGGACCAGCAUGUGUGCGUACUACAGGAAUAACAGGAGUGAGGAAGAUCAAGGUUACCAUGACUAUUCAGGGUCUCAGAACCGUAUGCAGGGAUAUUCAAAAACUCAGGAUUAUCCAGAUUUUCCUGCUCCUCUGAACAAUCUAGAUGACCCCAGCACCAGGAGAAAUCCAUACUCUGCAGGCUCCAGAAUGAGUCCAGACUAUCCUGUGUCUCUGGCAGAGGCAGAUUAUCCUGGAUCUCCAAGUAAUCCAGACCAUCCUAGCACCAGGAACCAUCCAUUCUCUGCAACCUCUAGAAUCAGUCCAGACUACCACAGAUCUCUAGCAGAGCCAGAUUAUAAUGAAUUGCAGGGGAAUCCAUACCACCCAGGCUCAUCUCCACAGCCAGACUCCCCUCAAUCUCAACAUCCUGAUGUUGCAUAUUCUAGAAGCAGUGGAAACCAUGCAAACUCCAGAAUGAAUCCAGAUUAUUUUGGCUCCUUACAAGAACCAGACUACCCUGGAACUCAGAGCAACUCUAACUAUCCUGGCUCCAGAACCAAUUUAAGCCAUUCAGGCUCCCGAAGGAAUCUAGAAUAUGCUGGUUCCAGAAUCAAUCCAUACACAGACUCUCUGGGAGAGCCUGAUUAUCCAGGUGCCAAAAAUCAGCCUAACUCUUCACGCUUUUGGGGGGAACCAGACUAUCCCGGUGCUGAGGACUAUCAGAACUCUCCAGACAUUUGGGGAGAACCUGAUUAUCCAGAUGCUGAGAAUGGUCAUGAUUAUGGCUCUUCUGAGAUCCCAGAAAUGACCAGGGGGGUGCUCAGCAGAACAUCUUCAGUCCAGUCCUCAUUUCAUCACAGGAGUGAUGGCCCCUUGGGCAUCCGUAGGAGAGAGAAUGAAGAUUACCCUGAAAACAUAGAAAUGACAUCCAUGGAGAUGACGAGUUCAUACGGGCACUCUCUGCCAGGUGCUCCUGGAAGAGGCUAUGUGAACCCUGCUUUCGUAGGGGAAAGUAGUCCUGUCCAUGCUUUUGAAAACCCACCGUUGUCUGAACGUGAUUGGCACGAGUCACCCCAAGGACAAAAGUUAAUUGCAUCUCUGAUACCCAUGACAUCCAGAGACAGAAUUAAAGCCAUCAGGAACCAGCCAAGAACCAUGGAAGAGAAAAGGAACCUUAGGAGAAUAGUUGAUAAAGAAAAAAGUAAACAGUCCCAUCGUAUCUUCAAGCCCAAUUGCUGUGCUCAGUGUCUAGACUCCAUUUCACGGACUUACCAGAGAUCCAAGAACAGCCUGUCGGAACUCCUCAAUACCGUCAGCCUGUGGCAGAAGACUCUCAAGGUCAUCGGAGGCAAGUUCGGAACCAGUGUCCUCUCUUAUUUCAACUUUCUGAGGUGGCUUUUGAAGUUCAACAUCUUCUCGUUCAUCGUGAACUUCAGCUUCAUUGUAAUCCCUCAGCUCACCGUGGCCGAAAAGAACACCCUUCCGUUCACUGGGCUGGAGUUUUUGACUGGGGCAGGUUAUUUUAGGGACACGGUGAUGUACUAUGGCUUUUACACCAAUUCUACGAUCCGGCACGGGAGCAGCGGGGUGUCCUACAACAUGCAGCUGGCCUACAUCUUCACAGUUGGCUUCUGCUUGGUUGUCUGCUUUUUCAGUUUGCUGUUCAGCAUGGCCAAGUAUUUCCGGAACAACUUCAUUAACCCCCACAUUUACUCCAGAGGGAUCGCGAAGCUUAUCUUUUGCUGGGAUUUCACUGUCACUAAUGAAAAAGCUGUGAAGCUAAAACAGAAGAAUCUUAGCACUGAGAUAAGGGAGAACCUGUCAGAGAUCCGUCAGGAGAACACCAAGUUAACACUCCAUCAGCAGCUGAGCCACUUCUCUGCCCACAUGGCCGCCUGGACCGUCUCGGCCGGGGUGGCCAUCGCCUGCUGCGUGGCUGUGUAUUACCUGGCUGAGUACAACUCAGAGUUCCUGAAGACCCACCAGAACCCCGGGGCGGUGCUGUUACUGCCUUUCGUUGUGUCCUGCAUCAACCUGGUCGUGCCGCGCUUCUACUCCAUGUUCAGGCUGGUGGAGAGGUACGAGAUGCCGCGGCACGAAGUCUACAUCCUCCUGAUCCGAAACAUCUUUCUGAAAAUAUCAAUUAUCGGCAUUCUUUGUUACUAUUGGCUCAACAUCGUGGCCCUGUCUGGUGAAGAGUGUUGGGAAACUCUCAUUGGCCAGGAAAUCUACCGGCUCCUUCUCAUGGAUUUCGUGUUCUCUUUGGCAGAUUCCUUCCUGGGGGAGUUUCUGAGGAGAAUCAUUGGGAUGCGGUUUAUUACAAGCCUUGGCUUACAGGAGUUUGACAUUGCCAGGAACGUUCUAGAACUGAUCUACGCACAGACUCUGGUUUGGAUUGGAAUCUUCUUCUGCCCUCUGCUGCCCUUUAUCCAAAUGAUUACUCUUUUCAUCAUGUUUUACGCCAAAAAUAUCAGCCUGAUGAUGAACUUCCAGCCUCCGAGCAAGGCCUGGCGGGCCUCCCAGAUGAUGACUUUCUUCAUCUUCUUGCUCUUUUUCCCAUCCUUCACCGGUGUCCUGUGCACCCUGGCCAUCACCAUCUGGAGAUUGAAACCUUCAGUUAACUGUGGUCCAUUUCGGGGUCUGCCUUUCUUCAUUCACUCCAUCUACAGCUGGAUCGACACCCUAAGUAAAAGGCCUAGCUACCUGUGGGUUGUUUGGAUCUAUCAGAACCUCAUUGGAAGUGUGCACUUCUUUUUCAUCCUCACCCUCAUUGUGUUAAUCAUCACCUACCUUUACUGGCAGAUCACAGAAGGAAGGAAGAUUAUGAUCAGGCUGCUCCAUGAACAGAUCAUUAAUGAGGGCAAAGAUAAAAUGUUCCUGAUAGAAAAGCUGAUCAAGCUGCAGGAUACGGAGAAGAGAGUGAACCCCAGCUCUCUCAUACUGGAGAGGAGCGAAGUGGAGCAACAAGGCCUCUUGCAUUUGGGGGAACGUGAUGCUGCCCCUGGCCUGCGAUUUAGGCAAUCAGUCCAAGAAGAUAAUCCAAGGGCUUCAUGAUUAUUGUGGCAGCCAGACAGCAAUCAAAUAAGGAAAGAGGUGAAAAUGGAACUUCUUCUGUGACACCUUCCAUGGCCUUUAGGAGCCUCCCAGAAGGGGAAUCCAAGCCUUUAGCCAGGAGCGGAAACUGACUACAAUGUAAAUAUCAAAGUAAAAUUGGGCAGUCCCUACUAUUUUUUUAACACCUGGAUUGCUAAUUUUUUAAGACAAAAUACUUGAGGUUUUCCAAUAAAGAUUAUUGUCAUAUUGAAACUAGCACACAAACAUCUGGGAAGAGGCAACUUGGGAAUGAUGUAUUUUUAUCUUUAAGAAAUAUGUGUAUGAAUGAUAGGUCCUUGAGAAUCUCCCCUCCCAGACCUCCCAGAUCUGGCAAAGGUUUAAAACUGGUGGUAAGAAAAGUGGUUCAGGCUGAAUAAAAAUGUGAUCCUCA